UUGGCAUACAGUGGGAACGCGAUCAACUUGAUCGAUUAACGAUUAACGAUUUUCGACGUGAACAGUGUUCGAUAUUUUUGCGAGGGAAAAUCGUCGAACGCAGUUUAGCAACAGAGUCAACAACAGGAUUAAUCGUGGUUUUGCACGUCUCCACGCGUGUGAAUUAACAGAAAAAUCGAGAUAUAGCGGCCGAUUAAAAAAUCACUUGAUGCGCUGAGGAUGCGCCGUGAUUUCUGCAACGGUGGGCUUGCCUGCGCCGUUGUGUGGGUGUCAUCGACCUGCUGGCUGCUACUAUCUUUGUCAUCGUCGGUCACAGCAGAGCCCUCGUUGAAGACAGUAGGUCGAUGCCCAUCCUUCGAGGAGCAGAACAUAUGUCCAUCCAGGGCGCCAGCCUGCAAGAAUGAUUUCCAGUGUCAGGCGUCCGGCGAACGCUGUUGUAAGACAGCCUGCGGCACGAAAUGCGUCAUCGGCGAGCUGACAGGAUGCGAACAGUUGGCUCAGGCCGCUGUAAGACGGUCGCGUGCUCUUGGUCCACGUGGACCAUCGCAGUUCAUACCAAAGUGUAACAACGAGACUGGCGAAUUCGAGAAGAUACAAUGCGCUUCUCACGAGAACAGCUGCUGGUGCGUCGAUAAGAUCGGCGUAGAGGUGCCUGGGACCAGAGGCCCAGCAAAGGACGUCAUCGACUGCAACAAUCCUCGGCAAUGUCCGGCUCAUAGCUGUCGGAUGCUGUGUCCAUUGGGUUUCGAGAUCGAGGCGAAAACUGGCUGCCCUAAAUGCGAGUGCCGGGAUCCUUGCCGCGGGAUCGCCUGUCCUGGGACCAGUCAAACGUGCGAGUUGAUUGAUGUAACUUGCGCCCGUCCACCAUGCCCUCCAAUUCCCAGCUGUCGCAAAGCGAAGUCCCUGUCGACGAUCUGUCCGGCCGGCGAGCCGUUGCAAAUCACAGACUCGCCCAGGCCAUUUCUCUGCGGGGAUUCACCUGGUAAACCAACAUGCCCGCCUAUGUACAGCUGCUUGGUAGAACCGAAGCAAGAGUACGGUGUCUGUUGCCCGUCGAGCAUCAAUCUGAAGAGACCGGGAACCUGCCCAUCGGAGGAGCCAACGAUCUGCGGCAAUUCCUGUCAGCAUGACUUAGAGUGCCCUGGACCGCAGAAAUGCUGCAAGAGCGAGAAAUGCGGCGGUGCAGUUUGCUCCGUGCCUCAGGGUCUCAGCGCUUGUCACAGAGACAGGGUGCUCGCUGAGAUGCUCAGCAUCUCUGAGAGACAGGGCAGAGGAUACGUUCCUCAGUGCACGGACGACGGAGGAUACGAGAGUGUACAGUGCUCGAGAAACGGUCUAGUCUGCUGGUGCGUGGAUAACAACGGUCGAAAGAUAUCCGGUUCCAUGGGACCAGCGGACAAAGUCGAUUGCAAAUCGAUAUCGAAGGGGAGGUCCCUUCCGGCUUCCUGUGUUUCCCAGCAGUGCGCCCAGGUUUGCCAGUACGGAUUUAAAACUGACGCUUCCGGAUGUUCGACUUGCGAAUGCGACAACCCCUGUGAAGGUUUCCCGUGUCCAAUAGGAGAAGAGUGUACGUUGCAUAGAGAAGAUGGUUGUCCAGACUUCCUUUGUCCAACAAGGCCAGAGUGCAAACCGAAGAAAGCUUACACAAGCCCUUGCGUCUAUGGUACUCCCCUAAUCGACGACGAACGUAAUGCAAUAACCUGUUCCGAGAACGACACUUGUCCUCUGGGUUAUAAAUGCACCGUUGUGCCGGAAGCUGGCCAGUCAGUGUGCUGCGUGACGUCAGCGAAUUCCACAAAAACGCAGACCAUGUGCGAGUAUCUACGAGAAUUCAACGACCGCAUGGAAGGAACCAGAGAAGAUAUGUCCCUGGCGAUACCUCCGCCCCAAUGCGAAAAAGACGGCACUUACAAGCCUUUGCAAUGCUAUAACGGUACCUGUUCCUGCGUGAACGAUCGCGGAGUCAUACUGAAGAGCGGCGUGAAUCGCAGUACCGACUGCAAGGAGAUCAAAGACCUUCUGAAAUUAUGCGGUUCCCUAACCUGCGAUCUAGCCUGUCCUUACGGUUACGAGGUGGAUUCUACCGGUUGCGAACAAUGUCGUUGUCACGAUCCAUGCAAAGAUGUCUCCUGCGGUCCACACGAGACCUGUACAAUGGUGGACGUGAAUUGCGGAUCGGGACAGCAUUGUCCGGCGGUUCCAGCCUGUCUGGCUAUGAAACCAGGCCAGUGUCCAUAUCUAGUACCCAGUUCGUCGAGUUGCGAGCUACAAUGCAGCAACGAUCAAGAAUGCUCCGCCACGGAGAAGUGUUGCUCCACCGGUUGUGGCACUCAAUGCGUGGCUCCUGUGAUGGCCACGGCGUGUCAACACGCGCGUGCAGUGGCGGAACACGAGGCGAGGGAGUCAGGAGAACCGGCAAGGAGGAUCUACAUUCCGAGAUGCGAUGCCAGUGGAACGUUUGAGCCGGUUCAAUGUCACAGUGGAAUGUGCUGGUGCGUGGACAAGGAGGGCAGAGAGGCAGCAGGUACACGAGUCCUCGAGGGAGUCGUGCCAAAGUGUAGCACACCGUUAAGGUGUCCAGAGAUCGAUUGUAAGCUUAAUUGUCCUGAAGGAUUCGAACUGGAUCCUGACAGCGGUUGUCCAACGUGUUCUUGCAGAGAUCCUUGCAAGAGCGUGACUUGUCGAGGAGAGAACGAAGCUUGUAGAAUGGUCGAGGUUGCCUGUAGCGUACCGCCGUGUCCUCCUGUGCCUGUUUGCUUACCUAAGAAGGAUAAUCCUUGCCCAAACGGGUCACCGUUGUUGGAUCAGAACGGUUCUCCAGCUACUUGCGGUCCUCACGGUCAACACUGUCCUUCCACGCACAAAUGUGAACUCUCUCCGUUAAACGAAUACGCUGUAUGCUGUCCAAAACCUAGGGAAGUCUGUUUCGAACCACCGAGAAAAGUAUCUUGUAAUUUGGGUAUGGGUUUGAACGAUACCGAGAGAUGGUACUUUGACCCGGAACGUAAUGAAUGUAGGAGGAAAACCGAGUGUACUUUGGGUCAUAACGACUUCACCAGUCGUUUAGUAUGCGACACGGUUUGCCCUGUGUUGUCUCAGUGCGAGAGAUUGAGGGAGAAAAAUUUAAAAACGUCACAGAGGCUUAAGCAACCUACAUUCCUGCCUAGAUGCGACCCGGAGAACGGUAUGUGGGAGGCUGUGCAGUGUCUGGAGCAUGUUGGCGUUUGCUGGUGUGUCAAUAGAAAGGGUCAGCCGGUGAAAGGCUCGCUUACCAGAGGACCAGAGCCGAAGUGUAACUUCAGGCAGGCGAGACGCGGGGGAAGAGGGCCGGCGAUUCAAGAAAUCGACCGUGAAAUUCAGGCGUUCAUGGAGAACGCUCUGAUUAACUUGGAAACGGACGAGAAGCAAAUCGGAAAGGUGUUGGGUACUAGGUGUCAGGCGAUGAAGGACAAAGGCCACGUACCGGCCAUCUGUGAUCGUCAGGGUAGGUUCGAAGCAACGCAGUGCGCCGGCGAUACGUGCUGGUGCGUCGACGAGGCGGGCAAUCAGCUCAUUGGUUCCGAGCCUUUCCUGAAAGGGACAAAUAUUUGCUUGCCAACUCCAGUAGAGGCGGUCGAAGUGACCCUGCGUUUCCCCGGUCGAUUCCUCGCCGAUGACGAGAUCACCUUGACGAGACAAGCGGAGGAACUCCUCCACGAUUUAGGCGCCAGGAUAAAGAACGACAUACGAGUGGAAAUCAACCAGGACUCAGCCAUACUCAGCUUCGAGAUAAUAGGACCAAAUAAAGUGGACGUAGCAUUCCAUCUCGAGGAAUUGACCAGAAUCCAGAAGUUGUCUAUGCUGGGAUCGUUUGCAGACGCGACUACUUCUCGGUUCACGCACAGAGCGACACCGAUGGCUAUGCAAAGUCGAAUCGUGGCGCUGGAGCAACGAGAAAUCCUCACAGAAGUAGAAACGCCCGUGUAUCAGACAGCCACUCUGGUCCUAGCCGCGGGAAGCGCUUUUAUAAUCAGUAGUUUACUGAUUUUAUUAAUGUUGUACCGUAAAAAGAUAAAAAUGAAGGAUCCAUCGAAAACGUUGGCAGCGGAUCAACAUUUCCUCGCAUACCAACAGCCAGUCUAUGUGAUAUCGGGCGUAGAGCAAGAGGAAAAGAAGAAGGAUAUAGCCGAGGCGGAAGAAAGCACAUCCACGUCGGAUGUGGUCGUCGGUACAUAGAAUGAUCGAGAGAUUAACGCGUAGAUCGCCGUUAUCCCGUGCGCGAAUAUAGUCAUGACCGAAGUCACGUCUACACGUAAUCCCCUUCAUAUUCCGAUGAGAUAUUUAUUCUUUGAAUAACGAGAU